AUGCGGUCUCUGACUGUCGAUAUAAGAGAAUCUGAUGCAUCCUCGAGUACUACCUAUACUCCUGACCCAUCCAGUCCACUCUUUUUACUUUCUUCUGAUGUACCUGGUGUAUCUCUGGUUAGGGUGCCUUUCUCUGGGACUAGUUUUGGGGGUUGGAGGCAGAAUAUGAUCCUGAGAGUGUUCAGUACUCGGAUACUGCUGAGAGUAUUUAGGCUCAGCUUAAUAGAAGAUAUGGUUCAGUUAGUGGGGAUUAAAGUGUUUGAUAUUAAGCAAGAGAUAACAUCUACUCAUCAAGGGCCAUUUGACAUUGCUUCCUAUUUCAACAAACUCAAAAAAUUAUGGGAUGAGCUGAGGUUUAUGUGCACUAAUCAUGCCAAUACUUAUGUUUGUGCUGCUAAACCUGGACUUCAAAAGGAGGGCGACUCUGCUUCUUUUCAUGUUAAUCUGAAUACUAAAUCUGCCCCUCCUAGACAGUUUGCCCAAAAAAUCAGUUUUGAUCAGAACAAGUCUCCUCUUUUAUGCAAGUAUUGUAAGAAACCUGGACAUUUGAUUGAUAAAUGCUAUAAGCUCCAUGGAUUUCCACCAAACUUUAAAUUCACCAAAGGUAAACGAACUCCUGCAAAUGUUGAGGUGCAGAGUUCAAUUUGUGCUUCUAAAUCUGGACCAAUUCCCACUGAAAGUCCUGCUGAUUCCAAUUCUGUGAUUCCUGGUCUGUCUAAGGACCAGUAUGCUCAACUCCUGAUGCUACUUCAGCAACAUCACAUUUCAGAGUCUCUCCCUCAGUCUAGUCUGAUGGCUUCUGCAAAUUUUGCGGGUAUAGUUCCUUCCCCUGAUUGUGUAGGCAAGGCCCCUUUAAUGAAGAGGCCACUGGAAAUUGGUAAACAGGAUCAUGGGCUAUACAAGCUUGUGCAGCCAUGUCCACAAUCUGAUUCUAGUGUUCUUGCUGCUAUUUGGUCUAAAAGUAAUGCUUUCCCUCUUAUUAAAGCCUUUGUUGCCAUGGUCAAAACACAAUUUCAAACUUGCAUUCAAACUGUUAGAAGUGAUAAUGCUCUUGAACUUGGGUCAGGUGCUCUUGUUGGCCAAUUCUUUGUUGACAAUGGCAUUGUUCACCAAACAUCUUGUCCACACACACCACAACAAAAUGGGUCUGAUCCUGUCUCAUCCUCCACACAUAUUGCUUCUCCAUCUUCUUCUCCUAUUCCUUCUCCUGUGUUUGUUCCUCACUCUUCUCCUCUUCUUGAACCUCCUCCUGCUCCUCCUAUUGCCCCUAAUUUGUCUCCAGCUCCUGUUAGGAGAUCCUCCAGAAAUCAUGUUACUCCUAGUCAUCUUCAACAAUAUGUUUGCAGUCUUCCUCCUUCUCUAUAUAGCUCUAGUUCUUCUCCCUUUUGUUCUCAAAGUUUAGUUAGCAUUUCUGGCCUAGAACCCCACUCUUACCAUCAGGAAACCUCUAUUCCAGCUUGGCAAGAGGCCAUGAGAAAGGAAUUUGAGGCUCUUGAUGCUAAUGAUACUUGGAAUUGGUCUAUGUUUCAACUUGAUGUAAAUAAUGCAUUUUUUCAUGGAGACUUGGAUGAGGAGGUCUAUAUGAAAUUGCCCCUGGUUUGUCUGUUGAGAGUGCUGCUUCAUCUGUUCAAAAUCAAGGAUCUGGGUGUUCUUAACUACUUUCUUGGCAUAGAAGUGGCAUAUCUUCCUUCUGGGCUAUUACUACAUCAAAGUAAGUUUAUCAGAGAUCUACUUCAUGAAUACAACUGUGAUAUGGUGUCUCCUGUGACUUGUCCUUUGGAUUUGAACUCUAAAUUGAAGGCUGCCAUGGGUGACCUUCUGCCUUCUCCUGACACUUAUAGAAGCUUGGUGGGAAAGUUGAAUUUUUUUAUUCACACGAGGCCUGACCUCUGCGUUGCUGUCCAACAUCUCAGCCAGUUCCUACAGGCCCCUUGUACUUCCCACAUGAAGGCUGCUUUGCAUUUACUUCGCUAUCUCAAAGGUACUUCUGAUGUUGGGGUGUUCUAUGGCAAUUCUCCAUCCCUUUCCUUAUCUGCCUUCUGUGACAGUGACUGGGAUGCUUGCCCAGAUACUUGCAGAUCAGCUAAGAAACAACCAGUUAUCUCCGUUUCUUCUGCUGAGGCUGAGUACCGAGCUCGUAGUAAGGUAGUUGCGGAGUUGAAUUGGGUUGUUCGCCUUUUAUCUGAUUUUGGUGUUGCUAUAUCUUCUGUUGUACCUGUGUUUGUGAUAACCAAACGGCCAUUCAUAUUGCGAAGAACCUUGUUUUUCAUGAGUGGACGAAGCACAUUGAAUUGGACUGCCAUUUUGUUCGGAAUAAACUUGGUGAUGGCUUAA